GGUGGCGAGCUUCGAAAUAUGGCCAUUCCUACAUUUACCAAUCUCAUUCACACCCUUGCGCCCCCAAUUUCAUCCCAUGAGCGCCUUCAAAUCCAUGUCACCCAUGAUAUCUCGGGUUACCCCGCCAUUGACCCUCUUGUUUACGCUGUGUUCUCACGCGUAAUGUCUCAGGUAGAAGGUGGAGAUCUUCUUGUGAUUCAACGAGGCCAAGAAUCCGCACCGAGGCGUGGGCUAGAUAUAACCGGUAGCCAUUCUACUCCUGGCUGGCGGGAUGGCCCGUGGUGGCGCACAGUUAUGCCUGGAACCCCACGCAGUAUCUCAUCCGUCCGUGGCUCUGUAGAGGCCAGCAAGCUCGCCCGCGCAAGUGCAGAGUCCUAUGCGACCGAAUAUUUCUCCGCAAAGGGCGGGGUCGAAGAAGCCGCGAAACAAGCUAGUCAGAUUCUAAGUGAAUCUAACCCUGUCCGGAGCAGUGAUAUUUUCCUCGCCAUUCAGGCUAUCAGCCAAUCUUCUUCCACUGAACUUUUCCAGGCUGGUCCUACCACUGACAACACCACCCCUCCGGGUGUGGUUGAUGUUCCCAACGCUACAGAGGAGGUAGCCUUCGCUCUCUAUCUCCAUGAUCCCAUCCACGGCAUCGCCUUCCACACCAUAUCCCAGGCGGUUCCUCAGAAGUGGAUCGACUGGCUUGAUGCUGCUGUCCCAGCUACUGAAGGUACAGACGCCAAUAGCAUGUGGCAUCGAGCCCCCGUUCCGGAUGAUAUUGCUGAGAUUAUUGAAAGUGGUGGCGUUGAUCCCCGUGAAUGGGCAGCGGAGUGGAUCGAAGAAUCGCUCACCUUGGCCGUUGGCAUCAUCGCGCAACGUUACGUCGCCCGGAGGAUGGGGGUUGGUGAGGCAGGAGUAGGAAAGGGCAAGAUGCGUGCUGAGCAGACGUCAGUCGUAGACAGCGGUGCAGGAGAGGCAGCGCGGGCGCUUUAGUAUUUUUUCCCCGAUAACUGUCGUUUGUUCAUGUUCUACUUGCGAUUGAUAUUAUUGUUAUUAAAGACUACGAUCAGAUGACACUCUAAUGCCGUUUCCCUUCUGUUCUCUUCCGUGUUGUUUUAUGUGCGCUUCAUUAACAAUCAUGCCAUUAACAGAACUAAUUGCAAAUACAUUUGGCCGAAUAAGGCGUACAUAAUAUCUCCAAGUCCUGUGGACAGAUUUUAUAUAUAUAUCGAUAGAUAACAAGUAAUGCAACAGGAGAAUUGAUGCGAUGCCCCGCAUCAUUUUCCUUACUAAGGCAAUGAUUAAAACCAACAGGGAAGUCUCCGGCAAAAUAAGCAAAACGAGAGCCUCCACGGGUAUCUAUUUAUCUCAUCAUGUAAUGUGCGUAAUCCUCAUAUCAACCAUCAAGAUCUAUGGGCCCCUCUAGAUUAGGGACAUGCCAGAAAUUCGCACGAAGAGCCGUGACACUGUAGAAAAGCUAAGUCAGCUCUUGCUCGAAAAUGCAUUUCACAGAGUAGAAGCCAGGGAAAUGAUGAGAAGAAGAAGAAGAAGAAGAAGA